AUCCCCAACAGUUAGAACCCACGAGUUUCACAAAACGUCAUCUUUUGCAUUUCUGUAUUUUCCUCUCCCCCGCUCCACUAUAAAUAAGCACCCUAAUCAUGCAUCUGAUGGAACAUUUGUUAAAUCCAUUAACAUCAACAAAAACAUACAUUGAAAUGUCACAACAAUUUGAUUUCACAAACCAUUCCCACCGUCGGUUAAACUUGCUCACCAACAAGUACGUCUUGUGUUCUCCUCAUAGGGCUAAACGUCCAUGGCAAGGUGCCAAGGAAGACAUCAAGAAAACUGCAUUACCUGAGUACGAUCCUAAAUGUUAUCUUUGUCCCGGGAACAUCAGAGCUACUGGUGAUGUGAACCCUAAAUAUGAAGCCACUUAUGUAUUUCCUAAUGAUUAUCCUGCUGUUAGGUUAGACCAACCUGAUUACGUCGAGGAAGAAGCUGAUGAAAAGAGUUUGAAAGGAAGGUUGUUAAAGACUGAAGGUGCCAAGGGGAAGUGUUUUGUUAUUUGCUUUAGUCCAAAACAUAACUUGACAAUUCCAUUGAUGUCCCAGGAGGAAUUGGUGCGAGUGGUUAACACUUGGCAAGGAUUAUACAAAGAUUUAUUAACCGAAUCCCAAAGCGGUGCUGCACCAUACAAAUAUUUACAAAUAUUUGAAAAUAAAGGGUUUGCUAUGGGAUGUUCAAAUCCUCAUCCUCACGGUCAAGCUUGGUGUUUGGAUAUAGUGCCUAGCGAAGUUGAAGAUGAACUUAACAACAUGACAAUAUACCGCCAGAAGCAUAACUCACACUUAUUAGGUGAUUACGUACAAUUAGAGAUAUCAGAAAAGGAAAGAAUUGUUGUGGAAAACGACUCAUUCUUGGUAGUGGUUCCAUAUUGGGCAUUAUGGCCAUUUGAAACCUUACUUAUCUCCAAAGAACACUUGAGAUCUACUCAAGAUUUCACCGAGAAACAUAAACUGGAUUUAGCAUCAAUUCUCAAGGUCUUAACCACAAAGUACGAUAACUUGUUCAACACAUCAUUCCCAUACUCCAUGGGUAUUCACCAAGCCCCAUUCAAAUGUUCUGAUGAACACAAGGACAACUCUUGGUUCCACAUGCAUUUCUACCCGCCAUUAUUAAGAUCAGCUACAGUGAAGAAGUUCUGUGUUGGCUUUGAAAUGUUGGGAGAACCUCAAAGAGACUUGACCAGUGAACAAGCAGCUGUAAGAUUAAGAGAAUUAUCCGGAGAAGACCAUUAUAUGAAUCAAUAGCUUAUAUAGUUUAAAUGUACAUACAAACCU